UAUACUCCACUUGAUAUAGCGUCCUCUCGACUCCAGAGUAAAGGAGCAGCUGUGUUUGUCUUGGGUAUAGGAGACGACGUGGACAGCACAGAGCUUAGCCAAAUUGCCUCUGGACCUAAAAAUGUGUUUACAGUGGAUUCCUUCAACGACUUGGACCGUAAGGCCGAUGAAACAAAGAGAGGCAUUUGUAUUUUCGGUAAAAUAUAUGCAAAUUUACUUUUAUUUUCUAGAAGAAAUGUCGUAUUUGUUUGAAACACUGUCACUCAAGUAGAAUGAUUACCAUUUGUUAGUUUUGCUCCUUACUUAUUUUUGUCUUGCUGUAGUGCCAACUCCAUCUGUCACGCCUACACCAACGCCAACUCCAGGAGGUAAGGGAUAACUCCAUCUGUCAUUAGAUUAUCACCAAAUUGCCAACUUUUCAGGAGGUCCGAUUCCCAUGGAUACGACUUUCAUUAUCGAUUCGUCCUUAUGUGAUAGUGACAGCAACUGGAAUCGCGUACUGUACUUUGUCCAAACUUUGGUCAGAUUAGGUUAUCUCAUAAAUUGCAUUUUAUUUUACUUUUCAUGAAGACGAAGUAUGUCCGAUUCCCAUGGAUACGACUUUCAUUAUCGACUCAUCCUUAUGUGAUAGUGACAGCAACUGGAAUCGCUUACUGUACUUUGUCCAAACUUUGGUCAGCUUUUUCAAUGUAUCACCAUCUGUAGGGCGUAUUGCCCUCGUCCAGUUCAGCACUGACGCGAGAGUUCUUCUCAAGUUCAACACGUUAUCUGGUAACCUUCUGAAUGGC